GGAACUCUGGAUGAAUCCAUGACAACCUAAACAGCUUACGAGAAAAAUGGCGACAAAUAUGUUGUUUUGACGAGAAGAAUUGCUUCAAACUGUAUAAUAUGGAUAGAAAUUGAAGUUAUAAUUUGUAGAAUUUGAUACUGUUGCAUCCAAUUUCUUGCAUGAAUUCUUGAAUGUGCUUAGACACAUACCGGUACCAUGCCUACUGGAUUGGAGAAGCAGACCGCCCAGCGGGCAACAGACUGCGGGGAAACACCUGCCUAUGACAGCAAAGUCACAGCUCCCAGGAAUCCAAAACUUAUACGAGGGCCUAAAGAAGAAAUAAAGAUGACCCCUUCUUCAUUUAUGAAAGAAAUAUCACAAACAACAGAGGAAAAGCUGGCAAACACACACUUGAUGCACAUACCCAAAAUCAUUGAGCUUAUGGAUAUGGGUGAUAAUACUCACCAAAAGUUCUCCAAUGUUGAUAUAGAUGAGCCUCUGUUCCAGCCAUUCCCAUCAGAGGUCACAUUCCAGCAGUUUGAGCCUCACAUCAUCUAUGAAGUCCCUCUUCUACUCAGAAAUAAUGACAAGGUUUCCAGACUGGUCAAGGUAUACCAAGCAGACUCACCGUACUUCAAGAUCAUCAGUCCUCCAGAUGUGACUACCAAGGUUGCUCCUGGUAUGGCUACCAUCUUCAGGAUACAGUUCACACCAUCAGAGAAAAGGGACUACAUCCACGAGCUAAUCUGCAUGACGGAGAGGGAGAAGUUUGUAGUCCCAGUGAAGGCCAUCGGAGCCAGGGCCAUGCUGGACUUCCCAGAUGAGGUCAACUUCUCCAUGUGCCCGGUCAAGUACCCUAGCACCAAGACCUUACUGGUCAGGAACAUUGGCAACAAGGAAGCUCACUUUGCUCUCUAUACUUCAGGACCAUUCUCAGUCUCCCCAGAAAAUGGGUCCCUGGCAGUUAACGACAGCCUCCAAGUGGAACUGACCUUUCAACCUAUGACCGUCGGAGAUCACAACGAUAACCUGGUUAUCAACUUCGACUCAGGUGAAGAUGUCGGUGUGAAUCUCUACGGAGGUGCUUACGACGCCAACGUGCGACUUGACAAGAAUUCUCUGCGCAUCGAGAACACCUACAUCUCCAUGGCCAAUCAGAGGACAGUGAUUGUCGCCAAUCGCAGUGAUGUCAUCGUACACUACAAGUGGAAACAGUGUGCUACGGCAGAGGAGGAGGAGCAACAAAAACAAGGAUUUUUUGGUCACAUAGAGUCCGAGGAGUCAACAGAGCAUGAUGCCUUCCUUCAAGAAUGCAUCAUGGACCCUACCCUGAGGGAUCGUAUGGCUAUCCUCACACGCACGUUCCAGAACAGACGCACGCUUGUUCGAGGUGACGAAUUGUUAUUCACGGACGAUGCCUUCAACAUCAUGCCCCAAGAGGGAGACAUUUGGCCCAAUUCAACCUGCGAGAUCAACGUAGUCUUCAAACCUACCGUGGCCAAGGCCUAUAACCAGAUUGCCUACUGUGACAUCGUCGGUCGUGAGACCAGGCUCCCGCUCAGACUGAAGGGAGACGGGAUCGGACCGCAGGUCUUCUUCUCCUACGACACCAUGAACAUGGGACACAUCUUUAUCAACUCCAAGCAUUCAUACGAGGUGGUGCUUGGUAACCGUGGGGACAUCGAUGCUGCCUUCCGCCUGGUGCCCUCCGACUCCACCUUUGGGCCUUACUUCAGCUUCUCCCCCAGCUCUGGCGUGCUGGAGCCGGGAGCCUUCCAGGCCAUCGAUGUGACCUUCUCCUCCCCUCACCUGGGGGACUUCAGUGAAGACUUCUUCUGGGAGGUGGAAGGGCUACCCUACCAGCACAAGCUCAACUUCAGGGGCUGUGUCAUAGGACCCACCUUCCAUUUCGAUGUCCCCCGCCUCAAGUUUGGCACCAUUUCUUAUGGCUUCAAGAGCACCGAGGUAGCCACCUUGGUGAACACGGCCCUGGUACCCAUGGGCUUCAGCCUGAGAGUGCCUGGGGACGGGGAGGGUGAUGUGGUGUCUGCUACCAGUGGUGAGGUGACCCUGGGCAGGUCCAACCUCAGCACCCCGGCAAGGGAGUUCCAGAUCGUCCCAUCCUCAGGCACGGUGGACCCGCAGAGUGAGGUCAAGAUUGAGGUUGAGUUGACUUCCAACUCCCUCAAGAAGUAUGAUCUAGCCCUUGUGGUCGAUGUAGACGGAGUUGGACAAGAGCUGCUCUCACUGCCCAUAUCAGCAAAAUGUGUAGUGCCUUCCAUCUCUGUGGUGACACCAAUCCUUGACUACACUCGCUGCUUCCUGAACCAUCCGUAUGAGCUCAGUGCCAGACUCUGUAAUGACACUGACCUCCCUGCUAAAUAUGACCUCGUUCCACAAGAGGUAGAUGAGAUGAGCCCUAUGCUGUUCAGCAGUCCAGAGCCGACAGGGAUCCUACCCCCUCACACUACCCGUCGGGUACCCCUGGUCAUCACCCCUCAAGGUCUGGAGGAGCUGGAAACCUAUGCAGAGUUCAGUAUCUUUGGUAGCAUGGAACCUCCUCUGCAAGUGGUGUUGAAGUGCAUAGGGGAGGGGCCAGUGGUCCAUGUGACCCCUACUGAGAUGGACUGGGGUCAGACCCAGGUUCUGAAAGACAUCUCCAGGAUUGUGACCUUGUCCAACGAAUCUCUCAUACCAGCCCCAUUUACAUGUCACAUGGUUCGUCCUAACACCUCGUGGAAGGUUGAACCAAGCGAGGGUGUGAUACCACCAGAGGAUACUGUGGAAGUCACACUCACUGUCAACCUUGAUGAUUGCAUCAGGUUCCAGGAUAAGCUGGCCAUUGAUUUUAAGGAUAGCCAGACGAGGAUCAUCAAGGUCCAGGCCUAUGGUCAUGGGUCCACCAUAGUCUCGGACCCACCUAUGACCCCCACCAUUGAGCUAGGCCAUCAUUUCAGUAGUAAGCCUAGCACAAGGACCUUCACGCUGACCAACAAGGGACGUCGUCAUCAGCAGCUAUUCUGGACCACAGAGGGCUUUGCUCCUAUCAAGAUUAAGAGCAGAGAACCAGAAUAUAACCCACUGGAUGUCAAGUAUCAGAAAAUGCCGCCUCCUGCUCCACCUCCAAGACCUGUGUUCAGCCUGACGCCCUCUAGGUUUGAACUUGAGGCAGGAGAGAGUAUCGAGGUCCAUCUUGAAGGAGCAAGCUCAGAACCCAAGACAGUGAAGGAGAGGAUGUUAUGUCAUGCCAUCAUCGGCAGGACCAGUGGCAAAGAGAAGAUCAUGAAGACAGACAUCAGUAUCACCUUCAUCAGCCCUGUACUAGAGUUCUCCUCCAAGCAGGUGGCCUUCAGAGUGGAUAAGCAUCCUGAUGAUGUCUUGACCAUGCAGUACAAUGAACUGACCAUGACCAAUGUGUCGUCACUGCCCCUGCAUACCACUGUCCAGCUGGAGAAGCCCUUCCAACUCAUUGAAGAUGGAAUUGAAGCCCUCUCCUGUCUGGAGGUGCCUCUGGAGGUUGGUGAGAGUAAGCUGAUGACCAUUCAGUUUGAUCCUGCCUAUCAGAAUGAUUCACACAGCCGUAUCGCUGAGAAACUGCUGACUCUCACAUACCUAGAGCAUCCGCACACUGACUACGUCAGCCUGCGUGGCGAGGUCUUCUUCCCCAACCUGACCUUUGAGAAGAUGCAGGUCAGCUUUGGUUGCAUCCUCAACGACACCGAGGUCACUCGCUACGUCAACAUCACCAACAACAGCCCCAUGGCCGUCAACUACCGCUGGUCUUUCCUGGAACCUGAGACACCCAUCAUGCUCUACCCCCUACCAGUCCCUGCACCGCGAGUUGAGCCUGUGGAAGAAUAUGAAUCCGAGUCGGAUGAGGAAAGCGAAGCAGAGACACAUGUAGCCUUUGAGGAACCUCUCCUUGGUGAUGAUGAUCAACAGAUGGAGGAAGGUGAACAGACAGGCCAAGAGAAGGGUGAAGGAGGAGGAGCAGAGAGUGGAGAAGAGAAGAUGGAUGAGAUGAAGAAUGCUGAUGACCAAGCACCUCCAGACAACGUCAUAGAGAAGCUGGACAUUCAGAUCCUCUCUCCAAAGCCGCCCGUCGAUGAGACCGACAAGGCGACCCUGAAGUCCAUCAGCCUUGCCGACGUGACCUCCGAGAAGGAGAGCAAGAAGGACAAGAAGUUGACAGCCAGUAAGAAGAGCCCACGCAAGUCGACGGCAAGGAGCGGAGGCAGCAAGGCAAUGAGUAAGACCAGUAUCAAGAGCGAGGACAAGGCCAAGCAGGAUGAUGAGGUUGCUACAGUGGACCAGCCCCUGAGUGACCGUGACCCUCCAGUCGUAGAGGAUGAGGUACCGACUGCCCGAGCUCCUAGCCCACUCACAGCUCUGAGGCCUGGUACAGCAGCCAGACAGAGGCUCAACAAGCUCCAGUACAUCCAGGCCAUCACAGAGCCAACUGCUGUCGGCAUUGAAGAGGUGUUUGACAUCCUACCCCUGUACGGCACCCUGCUCCCUGGCGAGUCGGAUACUGUGACCUUUACCUUCUAUGGUCAUGCAGAGAUAGGGUCAGAGGCUAAAGCCCUUUGCAAUGUAGAGGGUGGACCCUGCUACGAGCUUGACCUGCAGGGGGAGGCAUCCAUCGUCCAGUAUGAGUUUGACCUCAAGAACAUUGAUUAUGGCAGACAGAUGUACGACCAUGUAUGCAUGGCAGAGAUCACCCUGAGGAACACCGGCAAGGUUGAGUUUGACUUCCGCGCCCUGAACAUGGACCCAUCCACCAGCAGCCGACCUCUGCCAGGGGUCCCUGUCAUGGUACCUCACACCGGCCAUGUGGAGGCCUACAGCGAGCAUAAGCUACUGGUCAAGUUCCUGCCAGGCUACCCGGAGAAGUUCCACAAGAGCUUUGAGAUCCAAGUUGCCCACUUUGAGCCUGACUCCAUCAACCUGUGCGGAGAGGGUGUGUUCCCACGGGUCUCCCUGGACCUGCCUCGCUUCCCCGAUGAAGAGGGGCUCUACUGCUCCCUCAUGAAGGAGGCCAAGGAGAACCUAGGGCGGGACAUCAAGAAGAAACCCUUGAUCCAGUCUGGAUCCCCCGUUCCUUCACCUACUCCAAGGGAUCCGUCCCAGGAGGAUGCAAAGUCCAUCAUGUCACUGCAGAACGAGUUCCCAUCUGAGUUGGAAUUCCAGUUGGAGGUUGAACGAUUGCUGGUCAAGGAGUUUGCCAUCGAGUAUCAGCAGCAGAACGUCAUGCUGGACACUGACCGGUCAGCUCAAGCUCUGGCCACUCCAGGAGUCUUGAUGGCCAGCGUCAUGACGUCCAGAAGCAAGAAAAACGUCAAGGCUAAGGCUCGCCUGCCAGAUUACAUGCUUGAUUUUGGCUACGUAGUCCUCGGCACUGUCCGAACACACAUCAUCCGAGCCACCAACACCGGCUUCUUCCCCGUCUCCUUCUCCGCUGACCGGAUCUCUCUGGCCGGAACCGGGUUCAACGUGGAACUUGACCGGGUGCGUCACCUACCGGGGUUCCCAGACCACGAGACUGUGGACUUCAGGGUCAGCUUUGACCCCCUUGGGUCUAACCUGGGACUCGGAGAUGUGGAAGCGUUGAUACCGGUCAAUAUCAUCAAUGGACCUUGUGUAUUCCUGCGGCUGCGUGCCUGUGUCACUAUGCCCGACAUGGAGAUCUCAACGGACUGCCUGGAGUUUGGAGACGUCCAGUGCGGUCAGUGCAAGGUGGUGACCAUCCAGCUUCACAAUCACAAGGAGGUCAAGUGUGAAUGGUCAUCACUACCCACUGAAAAGGAGAAGAAGUUGCUUCUGGAGAAACAAAUGAAGGUCGACAAGCAUAUGCCUCUUCAUCUGAGACGGAAGCUGAAGCCUGCGAGGUCCAUACCUCGUAACUUUGAGAUGAUGCCCCCUACUGGUAUGCUGCUGCCAGGUCAAAGGGUCAAUGUACAGGUCAAGUUCAUGCCUACAGAAGAGAAACUCUACUCUGAGCGUAUCUCCCUGCGCAUCAACCAGAGCAGCCAGCGCCUGACCAUGAUGGCCACCGGCAUCGGCCUGGAGCCACGGCUGGAGCUCAGUCAAUCGCUGCUGGAGUUUGGACCUAUCCUACCACACAGCGCAGGAGAUGAGAAGGAAGUGAUCGUCAAGAAUCCCUGCACCUUCCCCAUUGAGUUCUACUCCUUAGAGUUUGAUAAGCAGUAUCUGACUGAGGAGAAGAUGCUCCGCCUUAUGAAGGACUAUGACGAACACGGCACCCUGCUCCUGCCUCCCCGUAUUCAAGGCGAGAGGCUCCCUUCAGAGAUCCUGGAGUUCUACGAGGAGCAAAAGAGACGUCUGGAGGAGGAGGAGGAGAAGGAGAAAGCCAAGGUGGAGGCAGAGCUGGCAGCCAGAGCUACGGCUGCUGCUGCUAUAGAGGGAAUGAAAGGAGAAGGAGGUGAGGAGGGCCAGACUGCAUCCCAAGCUCAAGCCACACCAGCAGCAGCAGGAGGCGUUGCAUUCACCCAGCCAUCUACGACUGGUGCUGCAGAGGAUGGCAUGGGACAGGAUGGAGAGAAGGACAAGACAGAGGGGGAGAAACAGGACGAGGAUGACACACAAGACAAGAAAGACUCUGCCAGCACCGUUGGAGUUGGUGAGCUGAUAGAGAUCACCCCUGUCUCUGCAUCCAUCGCAAGGCACCUUGGCAUUGACCUGUCCCCAGAGGGCAAGGCUGCCAUGAGGCGUAGAGGGCUGGCCUUGGUGGUCCAUGGAGCACCUCUCGCUGGCAAGACCACCACAUCUAUUGCCUUGGCCAAACACUACGAGGCUGCCCUCCUGACUGUGGACAGCGUGGUACUGGAUGCCAUCUCUAACGGCAACACCCCAGCAGGCUUGAAGGCCAGGGAGAUGUGUGCCAUAAUGGCCCGAGCCCAGCUGGCCAGGGAAGGGGAUGGCAGUGAGGCCCAGGCCCAGGGUACGGGCGGGGCUCUCAGCAUGGAGGCAGUCUAUCAGCACACGCAGGGACUUGGUGCUGCCUCAGCUUCUGUGAUGGGCGGCGCCCAUUCUGUCAUCAGUAACCGCAAGACCAGCACCAUCUCCGGCCACAAGCCUGCGCACAGCAUGGUAGCGGGCGAAGAUGGAGCCCCAGCCCCGCCCCCGCCCAAAGCCGAGAAAGCGGACAAAAAGGACAAGAAGGGGGCUAAGCAGGAGGGUGAUACCACCACCCAGCUGUCCAGCAGCCCCCCUCCGGCCGCGCCCAUCGCUAGAAGGUUGAGUGUGAGUGCUAGCGUGGCUGGGGAGGAGGGGUUGAUGAGCUGUAUCUUACCUGAGGAGCUGCUGGCUGAGAUCCUGGCUGAACGUAUGCAGUUGAACGACUGUCACAAGGGUGUGGUCUUUGAUGGCUUGGAGACACUCUUCAGUCCUAACCAGACUGCUACAGCAAAGGCUCUCCUUGGGGCUUUCAACAACAGGAAAUACAUCUACUUUGUCACCCUGAAGCUUGACCAGGUGGUCCUACAGGCCAGGGAGAAGAGACUACAAGAGGAGAAAGAUGAACGUGAGAGGGAGGAGGAAGAGGAGGAGAGGCAGAGGUUAGAGGAGAUGUCUGAGGAUGAGUAUGAUGCCCUGACGGAGGAAGAGAGAGCUGCCAUCGAUAGGAAGAGACUCAAGACCAAGAAGGAGAGGCUCCACAAGAAAGAAAUGGUGGAGCGUCUUGAGAGGGAACGAAAGGAGAGGGAGCUUCAUGCCUUGAUGGAGGAGAAGAAACUGGAAGAUGAUAAAGGCAAGAAGAAGAAGGGUGCCAAACCAGGAGACAAGGAUAAGGAUAGCACCAAGGGAGGACCAAGUGGAACCGCCCAGGCUAAGAAGGGACAGGAUGGCAAGGUAGCCAUGUCCUCCAGCCAGGCAACCAUCAGGAAGGGGCCCCCUGACCCAACGGCUCCAUCGGACCACGCCCUGAAAGGGGUGCAGUCGGUUGCCACGGACAGACCGGAGUCACAUGGUACAGCUGGCAGUGAUCAGCCCCAGGAUGAGGGAACAAAGAAAAAGAAGAAGGAGAAGGGCCGUCCCAUUUCCAACGAGGUGGCGGUAGAGCCUGAGGUUGAAAGAGACCCUGCUAAGGAAGCUGAGAUGUAUCUGACUUGUCGCUUCAAGGCCUUUGAGCAUGGCAUGAAGGACAUUGACAAGAUGCUGGCACGAUGGGAAAGGACCACAGGUCAGAUUGUCCCAGACACAUCCGGUGAUGACCUGGAAGCAGAAGAGACCCCUGCCCAUCCUCCCUCAGGCAGGAAGGGCAAAACCAAAGCAGAGAAGGAGAAAGAGAAGGAGCGAGAGAGGGAACGACAGGAGAGGGAGAGGCUUGAGAGGGAGAAGGCCGAAAAGGCUGCAGCCGAGUCUGGAGAACAAGGAGAGACCAAGGAGGGUGAAGGAGAGGGCAAGGAAGGAGAGGAGAAGGAGCAGCUUGGAGUACCUAACAUCGUCAUCGAUGCCAGCGAGCCUGAUGACAUGAUGGGUCAGAAGGUCCUGGACAUUGGACAGUUGCCAUCCUGCCAGGAGGUCUUGGAUGGUCUAGGUCUAGGACCUAGUGGUCCACCCAUCCCACCUCCAGCAUCAUUUUCAGUCAUCCCCUACCCUGUUAAGCGUAAGCCACCCCUUGGCUUUGACCCUAUGGGGCACUACUACUUUGUUGCCAAUGGACCCGAUGAUCCUAAUAUUGGACAAGAAGAGAAACCUAAAGAACUUGAUGGAGAUCUAGAGGCUGGGACACCAGACAAAGGAAACACCAAGGAUGACUUCUCUACCCCUACCGGUAGAAAGGGAGGCAAGGACAAGCUCAGGCCUGGAGCUGAGAGCACUGGGUCACGCCGCCGCUCAGCCAAGGGUUCUCGUAACCGUAAAGGGUCGGUCAGCGUCGCCUCUCCGCCCCCAGGUACCACCACACCGGGGUCAGACUUUGAUGGCCAGAGCAGCACCACAGGGGAUAUGAACCUACAUGACUCCAAGAAUGUCAGACUAUCUAUCUUCAGAUGGACCGUACCAGCCGAGGGAGAGGUCACCCUCAAGCUACGCUUCCAGUCCGAUGAGCUUGGCCAGUUUGACCAGACGCUCAACUAUGAGAUCGUUGGCACCAGGAGGCGCUAUCAACUCUUCUGCAGGGGUGUCUGUUCCUUCCCCAACAUCAGCAGAGAACCAAGGAUUGUGUUUCCACACCGCAAGAAGAGCAAGAAGGCAGAUGAGAUAGUCCACAAGAAGUACAUUCUGAGUACGGAGGUCCUUCAGAUGGGACCUCUGCUGGCUGGUAAGACCAGGGACCGUUACAAGGAGGGCAAGUACCCAGAGAACAUGGAGAAACUGACCAUCAGCAACACGUCCCCGCUGGAGGCCGAGAUGACCUUCUGCUUCCAGCACGAUGGUAACGGAGCGACCUUCUUGCUAGAUCCACCCAACAUGGUGCUCAAGCCCAGCCAGACACAGGAAUUGACAAUGUGGGCGUACCCCAAGAACCAGGGUUACUUUGAGGAUACCAUAGUAUGCUGUAUCAAGGAGAAUCCAGAACCUGUCCAAUUCAAGAUCGCUUGCUACGGAGUCAGACCAGAGGUAGAACUUGAUAAGAAGCAACUCCACUUUGAGAAGGUGCUGCUCCACAGGAAAGACACCAAGACCAUCUACCUUCGUAACAGCACCCUGCUACCCGUGGCAUGGAGGGUCAGUGGCCUGGAGUCUCUUGGUGAUGACUUCUCAGUCAGCACCGAUAGUGGCGUCAUCGAACCCAAAUCUGAGUUUGCCCUCAAUGCUCACUUCAGGGCCAUGAAACCAGUCAACACUAAGAAGAUGAUCCGUCUUGAGGUCUCUGAUGUGGAGAACAUCAUGGGUCUCCUGCAGACAGAGAACAUCCAGGUCCUGGCUGAGGCUUAUGACGUGGCCCUGGACAUGAGCUUCCCCAAGGGAGCCGAUGGAGGUCUGGACUUUGGCGUGAUCAGAGUCAUGGACGAGACCAAGCAGACAUGCUCUCUCAAGAACAAGGGCCGAUACGAGAUUGCAUUCAGCUUCAUCUUGGAGGCAACUGCUACCAGCGGUGAGGAGAUCAUCAACCUAUUCUCUGUGAUCCCAGCCAAGGGAGUCCUGGUCCCUAACGAUAGACCGACUCAGGUCCAGGUCAUCUUCAAGUCUAGGAAGGAGAUCACCAUCAAGGACCAGCCGAUCCUGAAGUGCCAGGUGAUUGAGCCCAACCUGAAAGAUGGUGGAGAGACUAUCGCCAGCAUCCCGGUCAAGCUCAGCGUCCGAUCCAUCUUCAGCAAGUAUAACGUCUACCCCAUCAACGACAUCAACUUUGGAGCUGUCCUUGUCAAUCAGCGUAAGCCACGCACCUUCCAGAUCGAGAACAAGGGAGAGUUUGACUUCAAGUACACCGUCAACCGCAUGGUACGCGACAUGCCCAUUCAGCCGGCCAUGCUGCGAGGAAGAGCUGGAUCGAGAGCUUCCAAACUUUCCAUGUCAAUGUCUCUGUUGAGACCACCAGGUACAAACAAGCGUAGCAAGUCCAGAGAUGGGUCAAGCUCAGGCCGGUCAGUGGCCAAACCCAAGAGAGCAGAGUCCAUCAGAUUAUCCACCAGACAAGAUGUGGGUGCUGCAGGAGGAGGAGGAGGAGGCGGCGGUGGUGGAGGCGGAGGAGGCGGUGGUGGUGGCGGUGGUAGUCAGACCCGUCUCCAGCUAGGGAUGUUCACAGUCUAUCCAGCCUAUGGUUUGGUAUCUCCUAACAACCAGGCUACGGUCAGCGUGGACUGCCUUCCAGAGGCUGUUGGCUCAGGACUGGAGGACCUCGCAAUAGAGAUCUCCGACCGUGACCCGACCGACCACCCCCAGGGCAUCCCUUACAAGGUGAUGGCCGAAGCCUGCAUUCCUGGUAUCAACCUGACGGACUUGGGCUCCAUCUUUGAGGAGCACCGCAUCGUCAAGAACCUCAGCGUCUUCCUCAACACCCAUCAGCUGGAGCUGGACGGAGGAGGAGUCUUCGGGGAGGACGAGAACAAGUUCAUCUUUGGUCACGUGCUGGUCGGACGCAAGGCCAAGGCGCGCUUCAAGAUCUCCAAUCCCUACAAGGUAUCAUGUGAUGUGUUGUUCUCUUGCAAGCUCCAGACGAGUAAGCCUUCAUCUAAGCUCCAGGAUAUCUUUGAUGUGGAGCCAGCUAGAGCCGCCAUCCCUGCUCACGGUAGUGUCUAUGCCACAGUCACCUUUUCACCCCCAUCCAUGCAGACCUACACUGGUCAGUUUGAGGUGGCCAUUGAAGGACUAAGCGGACCCCAGGCCAAGCUUCGUAACCUGUCCUUUGAGGUGCAGGGAGAGGGUAACCUGCCCCGUGUGACGGUCCUCAAACCCUCUCUGAGGAACAAGAAGGGUACGCCCCUGCUCCUCUUCUCUCGUCUACUCAGCGGUAGAUCCCAGACCCUGCCCCUGUGUCUGUCUAAUGAUGGCACCCUGCCCAGCAAGGUUGAUAUUGAUCUUGAAGAUACAUCAGGUUCGUUCAAGCUUCAGAGUUCUGCCAGAACCAAGCUCAUAUACCCAACCUAUAGUGACACUCUGCUAUCAAAAGCCGACUCCACCAAGCAGCACCCCCAUGCUGCAUCCCUCAUCAUCCAGCCUAACGAGAGUGCAGAGUUCAACGUGGUCUACACCGCCUCCAGCACAGGACGCAGCGCUGCCCAGGUCCGCAUCGCCGUCACCGAUAACCAGUUUGAGAACCAGCUCAUCCAGCUGGUUGGAGAGAGUUACCUUGACGAUGUGACUCUGGACAACAUCCAUAGCCUGGUGACGGAGGAGACCCUGGAUGGUACGGUGGAGGAGGAGCAGAUAGCUGCUGCUCCAUCCAACCACAUCCACUUCAGUGACUGUUACAUCAACGAUGCCCGCCAGCUGAGUUUCACCAUGACCAACCACAGCCAGACGGACACCAUCCGCUUCCACUGGCCAGAGAACCAUCCCCAGCUCAAGUUCUCUCCAGCCAUUGGUCAUCUCCAUGCCGGCUGUGCCAAGGAUGUGGUCAUCACAUUCAAGACGACCACCGCCGUCACGCUGACCAAGGCUUUGGUGGCAUGCAAGAUGUGCAAGAUCAACUUUGACAAGCCAGUGGAUCAGGUAAUGGACUGGGAUGACCGCUUGCGAACGGUCAACUGGGUUGACCUACCAGUCGCCAAUGCUCGACCAGCCACCUCUAGCGAGCAGACUGGCGGUCGGCCUCGCUCCACCCAGGACCAGAAGCGAGAGGAUCGAGAGAGCAGGACGAAUAAGAAGGGUGCAAGCAAUGCAGCCGCCCAAGCUGCUGCUGCCGCUGCAGAGGCUGCAGAGAGGGAGAGGAACGAAGAGGAAAUGAGGAGGAAGAUGAACGCUACCAACGAGGUGCCACGCCCAACCAAGAAGAAGGUGAUUGAGACCGAGCCUGAACCGACCCACUCCGUGAAGGAAGACUCUAGCCGAGAGAUAGAACUCAAUGUCAGUGCCAUUGCAGACUAUUGCAAGUUCAAGUGCAAGACCGAGGCUGUCCACUUCAAGGAUACACUUAUGUUUCAGACCAGGAUCUUCUCGUUUUUGGUGACAAACAAGGGAACAGUGGGGCUACCAUUCAGCUGGCAGGUGGUCAUGGAGGAUGAUGCAUCGCACCACAAGAGUGUCAGCUUUGCCGAUGGUGAACAGCUGAGACUCCCGUCCCGCUGCAGCACUGCCGCUGAUGGCGCCGUGGACGUGUACCCCUUCACCGUAGAGCCGGACAUGGGGUCCAUCGGGCCGGGCAAGAAGCAGAACUUCAAGGUCAAGUUUGCUCCCUUGGAUAUCAAGGAUUAUGAGGGCAGGCUCAUCUGCAGAGUGCCCAACCUAGAAGAGGGCAAGCAGGGACCGGUCCUGGCUGUCAAGGGUAAGAGUGUGAUGCCUUACUGCCACUUUGAUCUGGAGGACUCGGACUACAUCAACGGAGCCAGGCGCAAUCCAGAGCUGCCUGGACCAGGAGGGGCUCCACCCGGCUCCACCCUGGAUCCCAAUACCAGGGUCCUGGAGAUGGCCUCCAUUGGUGUGCAGGUGCGCAACACUCGUCACUUCUUCAUUGUGAACCCGACAGCCACGCCCUACACCUUCAUGUGGAUGUGUGAGGAUGAGGUAGACCCCAAGAAACCUACCGUCUUCAAGUGUCUGACCACACAGGGCCAGGUGGCAUCUGGCAAGAAGACACAGGUGAGCUUUGAGUUCUUGCCAAACCAGCUGGGUGUUGUGGAAUCCUUCUGGAGGUUCACCAUCCCUGAGCAGAACAUCUCCGUCCCGUUCCUCCUGGUAGGUGAUGCCCAUGAACCUGCCGUCUCCACAGAUAGAUCCCACAUCAACUUCAAGUCCAUGCUUCUUGGAAACGAGGCCUAUGAGAGAAUUUUCCUGAUCAACAACGAGGCACGAGCCUUUGACUUUGAGAUCAACGAGACGUCUUGUCAUUCAGAAGCAUUCUCAUCCAGGCUCCAUUUGACUCCAAUGAAGGGCACCAUACUACCCAAUGACAGGAUUCCCAUCGAUGUCUCCUUCACCCCCCGUGAGGAGAAGGUGGUCAACUUCAACGUCCAGAUCCAGGUCCGGAAGAAGACCCUACCAAUCUGCCUCAACGUCAAGGCCGAGGGCUACUCCAUGAACUGCAUUGUCCAGUGCGAAGACUCGACCGGUCAGAAGAAAGACCUGUCCAGCACAGGCGUCAACUGCAUUGACUUUGGAGAGAUUGAGGUGAACGAGAAGGCAGUGCGUUCCCUCUACAUCAUCAACACCGGCAAGUUCAACUUUGACUUUGAGUGGUUCUUGAAGGAGGAGACCAGGGGAAGCAACCCAAAGCUCUUGAGUAUCUCACCAGACUUUGGUGGUGUACCUUGCAACGAUCGCAAGCGUAGUGUCCUGUCGUUCAAACCCAUCUACAAGACGACCCUCAGAGGGUGUGAGCUUAUCUGCAAGAUUGCCAACGGUCCGACCUAUGAGGUGAAGGUCAUCGGCCAUGGGGUAGCGCCUGGGCUUCACUUCUCCUUCCCUCAGUAUGACUUUGGGCCAUGUUUCAUCCACCGAGCCGGGAUGCCCACCCACUCUAAGAUCCUGACACUCACAAACAGAGACAGCAAAGACAUCAGCGUUGAUUGCCUGUAUACAAGUACAUCACACCUUCAUCUUCAGUUUGAAGCAACCGUGCUGUCACCCGGAGAGAGCAAAGACAUCACCUUCACAUUCUACCCCAGGGAGGCUAUCAGAUAUCAGGAGGUCAUACACUUUGAGCUCAACGGACUCUCUCGUGCUCAGGUUGAGAUCUUUGGACUGGGUACUGAGAUGCGUGUGGAGGUGGCCAACUCAAAGGACCGCAUCGUCAAAUUCGGAGCCAUGCGCAUUGGCCAAGUCAUUAAACGCUCUGUACCUAUCAUCAACAACAGCCCCGCCCCUCUCUCCUUCAAUGUGGCCAUCACCCCUCUCAACCCCAUCCUGCAACAGGUCCCCACCGUGCUCAAGCUGGCCCCUACUCAGGAGAUUAGCCUCAAGGCCAAGGGAGGGGCCUCGCAGCUGGAGCUGGUCUUCAGCCCCAAGUGCCGCAUCCCGCAGUUUACUGAAGAGGUGAUGUUAGAGUGUGCAGGUCUCUCUCAGCCUCUCCUGGUGGUGACUGGAUCAUGCCAAGGAAUAGAGAUCAACCUGGACCAGGAAUCUAUUCCAUUUGGAGCUGUGGUCCUGAAGAGCAGUACCACACGCAAGCUCCUCAUGUACAACACCGGAGACGUUGGUGCUGCAUUCAAGUGGAAUGCAGAGAAGUUUGCACCCGAUUUUGCCAUCAGCCCAUCGGAGGGUUACAUCUCCCAGGGUAUGACUGUGACCUUUGAGGUCAAGUUCCAACCCACCAAGGUCUGCCAAGACAUCAGAUAUGAUAAACUGAACUGCAGCAUUGAGGGAGGACGCCCUCUCAAGUUGGUCCUGACCGGCAUGUGCGUGGGCUGCCAGCCUCAGAAGGAGAUACUCCACUUCAGCACCCAUGUCCGGGUCAAAGACACCCGCAGUCUGACCCUCCACAACCGCACCAACCAACGCUGGGAGCAGCUCAGACCGGUGAUCGAGGGUGAACACUGGACCGGUGCGGAGGCCAUCACCGUGGAGCCCCAGCAUAGCAAGGCCUAUGAGCUCAUCUACAGGCCACUGAUAAUGACGGCUGAGGGCAAGAAACAUACGGGCAGUGUAUUCUUUGCUCUACCCGAUGGCUCAGGACUCAUGUACAACAUGGUAGGUGUCUCUGAAGCACCUAAGGCAGCAGGGAACAUCACCAGAGAUAUCCCCAGCAAGACACACUACACAGAGAGUCUCUCUGUAUCCAACUGGCUCAAGCGGCCCCAGAGAUUCAAGGCCAUUAUCGAGAUGAUUAAACCUGACAAACUGGACCCAGCUACCACUCUGAAAGGCUUGGACUACAUUGAUGUUCCAGGUCUUAGUAAGAGGGACUACAAACUCAACUUCUUCUGCCACAAGGAAGCUUCAUAUGCUGCUAAGAUUCUCUUCCGCAAUGAGCAGACCAACGAGUUCCAGUUCUACUACAUCACCUUCAAGAGUACCCCACCGGGCAUCAUUGACCUGGUGGAGAUGAGUACACCGGUCCGUCUCAGUACCUCUCAUACCAUCACCCUGGAGAACCCUCUGUCCUUACCCGUCACCUUCCAGACUAUCUGUGCCAUCAAUGAUAUCAUGGUCCCACCGCAGCUUAUGGUCCCUCCCCAGUCAGAGGGUGUCCUGAACUUCGAGUACCUUCCUCUCAAAACUGGAGAGGUCUCCGGCAAGAUGACCCUGGCCAGCAAUGAGCUCGGUCAGUACGCCUAUGACCUCCAGCUGACUGCCACUGCAGCAGGACCGGAGAAGGCUGUCUUCUUCAGGGCGUCGCUUGGUGGAAACCACACCCAGACCACCAAGUUCACCAACUUUGCCAAAGUGAAGACAGAAUAUUCUUGCAAGAUUGACAACAAUGACUUCCACUGUGAUAAGACCAUCACUGCUGCUCCUGGCUCCAGUGGUGGUAGCGAGGUCGGCUUUGACAUCACCUUUGAACCGUCUCGUUUGGGCGAGACCCGCGGCACCCUCACCCUCCACUCACCUCUUGGCGGGGAGUACACCUUCCCCCUCUUCGGCACUUGCAUCGCCCCCAAGCCCCAGGGACCGUACACCAUCAAGGCCGGCUCCACCACCUCCAUCCCCUUCAGGAACAUCUUCUCCCACACCACAGCGUUCAUCUACCAGGUGGACAACCCCUCCUUCAGCUGCAAGCCUGGAGACCAGAUCCGGGGCAAGAAGACCCACAACAUUAUCAUCGGCUACGAGGGCAACAAUGACGGCACCAAGGCCCCCAAGAUGGGCAAGCUGGUGGUGACCUGUGCUAGGUCAGCCGGAGGUGCUGCUAAUGUCUCCUGGACAUACUAUCUCAAAGGCAUCACACCCUGAGGAUCUGUAGUAGAGAGAAGGGUUAGACUGAACCAACCCUUCAAGAAAUCUGACUACCGGUAACAAUCAACUGUAAAAAAAAAAAAAUGCAGUGCAGAGGAAUAGCUUACGGCGGAUAAUUCCUUUGUUUUUAGAAGUUACACAUGAAUUGGUAAUCUUUCCAAUUAUUCUUCAUCUGAUGCAUCUUGCUUUAAUUUUAUAAGAGAUGCUGUGGCUUUGAACUGUACUACUUUAGGUUCUUUCUCCUGCUCAUGGAUGCAUCAGACUUUAAUGUUAGUGUGUUUCAUGGAUGCUGCCGUGUUCAGGACCUUCAACAAGCCACAUAAAACUGCACCUGCAAAUUUUGCAUUUUAUCACUGCAUUAUUCUUUUAUGUAUGCAAGCUGUUAUGCUAAAUUUUUCUUUCUAGAGAUUUGAAAUUGACCAAUAAGCAUGAAUACAUUCAUUCCAUUAAGAACACCUUGAAAACAAUCUUUCAUGAAGACUUUUGUAAUUCUAGUUUAUUC